AUGUUAAAGCAUUAUCAAUAUAUUAUCUUAUUGUUGGUGCCAUUUCUUAUUGCUGGUGACAAAAAUGAUUGGUAUGAAAUGAACACUAUGUAUGGAUCAAUAACACUCAGUGAUAGUGGAUGGGCAAAGCCAGUUCAAGAAGAAAGAGAAAAAGCGGUUUUAUUCGAAGAGUUUCUGGACGAUACAAAUAAUAAAACAUAUAUUCAAAUUAUGUCUGGAAAAUAUGCUGGUUAUUAUCUUUCCGGAAGCAUCAUACGAGGUGUUGGUGCCUAUCAAGAAUGGGAACGUGCAUCUUAUUUUAAGUGGAAUGGUUGUUAUCUGGAAAAUCUAAGUCUUCUAAGACAAGGCCUACAAUUAACAUACGGACCAAAUGGAUAUUUUUAUUAUUCGAAGCAAUCUCCUCAAUAUCCAUUGAUAUGUGUAACAAAAAUAUAUCCAAAUCGAAACUCGACAAAAAAAUGCAAUCCAAAAGCAGUUCAAGGUAUGUGGAGAUAUUUAUUUACAAUUCCAGGAAAAACAUCAAGAACAUUGCGAUCUGGUACAACGAAGAAGUAUGCUGAAUCGAGAACAGACGAAUGGAGUAAACAAGUUACUCUUGCAGCUGCCGCUGGGUCAACAUUUCUAGGCUUCGCCGGAGGUGCAGUCGGAGUUAGUGGUACACUUCGACAUACAGUCACAGAUGCAUAUGGAAAGGAAUGGUCAACAAAUAUCGAAGAUUCGUGGACGGUGGAGUUCGGUGAAAAAGAUAGAGGAAAAGCUCUUUGGCAAUUUGUGUUUGUUAUCAAAGACGAUUGUGAUCAUGAAGAACAAGCACUCAUUAGAGAAUAUGCAUUGACACCCAAUCAAAGAAAUCCACCAUGUUGUUUACCUGGAUAUUCAAGUGAUGGUUUGAAUUAUGGUAGUUGUGAUACGGUAGAAGCCCUGAUUGAGAGAAAUAAUACACGUUGCGAUAUUUCGUAUGAACGUCAUCAGGUUUUUUUCACUGAUUAG